CGUUUUACUGCCUUGGCAGCCAGUCACGUGAAAAGCUCAGGAUCCUGGCUACCGAGCUAACCGUGUGCCGCUGUCUGUGGUGCUGAAUUUGGCUCGCCCAGGUUUUCACGUUUCCUCUGACAAUAUUCUAAAAACCAAUCAGCAGCAGAGCACUCAUCCCCGCUCUCUGACCCCCCACAUCUGCAUGCCCUUACAGCUAAGCUAUGCCCCGCAGUGUGUCGAUUGCUCGGGGAAGUGGGCUGGGUGUUCGUGGAAGGAGAACCCCUCUCCGCUGUUGGAGAACAGGAGCGGGGAAUCCCGGGGAACAUUAGAAACAUCGCGUUUAGCUUUCCCCCCGCCCCAUUCUAUCACCGCGUCCACUUUACAGAAAGUUAAGCAGACAAAAACAAAGAAAGAAAGAAAAGUGGGUAUGAAUGAAAGAAGAGCGUGAACGGAAUGCCUGGUUGUGAGAGGAGGCGCUUGUUUCCCGGCGAGAACAGGCAGAUCUGCGGCGAAUAGGCAGCAGCCCGGCGGAGCAGCGCUGCGAUGCAUUCCUGAUGAGUCAGAACUACCAGCCUGGUUGUUUUCGCUUUGGACACGUCGUCCUUUGUGUGCAGAGGUGGGGACAAGCGGACACGUCUUUGGCUCCGUCUGCAGCAGCCACAACAAGGCGGAGGAACUCUGAUUCGGACGAUCCUGCCUGAGCGCGGUGUGUUUGUUUUGCGGAGGCCUUUCUGUCGCUCAGCGGGACCGCACCGAAGCCACGCAGACCUUCUGGCGAGAUGUCAAGGAUGCUCCGAGAACAGCGGGAUCUCUGAGCGCGUAGAGGGCAGCAUGUCUGCCUGCAGAAAGGAGGCAGGGCGCACAUCGCAAGCGAGGCUGGUGGAGGGAGUCGCAUCGUCGCUUUGUUAGCCAGGAGAGUAGUUUGUUUUUGUUUUUGUUUUUUUUUUCACCGAGAGAAAGAGAGAGGGAACGACAAUGCUCGACAUGUGCGUGUGUCUCCGGAUUUCCUCUACGUGACCCCGGUCUCGUUCGGAGUGUGCUGGGACGCGCGGCUGCCGCUGGUUCGUGCCGUUCGGGCGGAUCGGAUGCUGACGACCUGCCCGCCCGCAGAAACACACCAUUAAAGGGUCAAAAGACUGCUUUAGCGAGGGAACCCCCUGCUCACUCCAUUACGCCAUGGAUGACUCGGGGAUAAUAAGGCGUCGCAGGCUGCAGGACUUACCACUCCCUCGCAAAAACAGCAGUUGUCGCACGAGCAACAGAAAAAGUCUGAUCCUGACGACCACUUCUCCCACGUUGCCUCGCCCUCACUCCCCCCUUCCCCUUCCUGGACACCUCGGAAGCAGCCCCUUGGACAGCCCCAGAAACUUCUCCCCAAGCAACCCUGCACACUUCUCGUUUGCCUCCUCUAGAAGAGCGGAUGGGAGGAGAUGGUCUUUAGCAUCCUUACCCUCCUCUGGAUAUGGCACCAACACCCCCAGCUCAACGUCCUCCAGCUCCUCUCAAGAGCGGCUGCACCAGCUGCCCUCCCAGCCAACCAUGGACGAGCUCCACUUCUUAUCCAAGCACUUUGGCAGCACUGAGAGCAUCACUGAUGAUGACGGGGGACGCUGCUCCCCCCACAUGCGGCCUCGCUCCCGCAGUCUCAGCCCGGGACGCUCCUCCUCCUGCUACGACAAUGAGAUCGUCAUGAUGAACCAUGUGUACAAAGAGCGGUUUCCUAAGGCCACGGCACAGAUGGAGGAGAGGCUGGCCGUGUUCACCCAGGCCUUCUCACCCGAGACUGUUCUUCCAUUGGCCGACGGAGUCCUCAGCUUCAUCCAUCAUCAGAUAGCCGAGCUGGCCAGAGACUGCCUGGACAAAUCACGCGAGGGCCUCAUCACUUCUGUGUACUUCUUUGAACUGCAGGAGAAGCUGGAGAAACUGCUUCAUGACGCCUUCAAGCGCUCCGAAAGCUCAGAAGUAGCCUUUGUCACGGAUCUGGUGAAACAGCUUCUAAUCAUCAUUUCCCGACCUGCACGGCUCUUAGAGUGUCUGGAGUUUAAUCCGGAGGAGUUUUACCAUCUCUUGGAGGCAGCGGAGGACCAUGCCAAGGAGGGUCAUCUGAUGAAAACUGACAUUCCUCGUUACAUCAUCAGCCAGCUGGGAUUGACUAGAGAUCCAAUAGAAGACAUGGUGAACCUGGAGAGUUACGACAGCGAGGGACCAGUAACGCCUGAAACAGACGACUCAACAGAGGGAAAGAUCAGAGCAAUGAAACCACCAGGAGAAGCAGACUUCCAGACCAUCAAGCUGAUCAGCAACGGAGCAUAUGGGGCCGUGUACUUGGUGCGUCACUUGGAGACACGCCAGCGGUUUGCCAUGAAGAAGAUCAACAAGCAGAACCUGAUCCUGAGGAACCAAAUCCAGCAAGCCUUUGUGGAAAGGGACAUCCUCACUUUUGCGGAGAAUCCCUUUGUUGUCUCCAUGUUCUGUUCCUUCGAAACCCGCCGGCAUCUCUGCAUGGUCAUGGAGUACGUGGAAGGAGGGGACUGUGCCACUUUACUGAAGAACAUCGGGGCUCUGCCUGUGGAAAUGGCCCGCAUGUACUUCGCAGAGACCGUCCUCGCACUGGAGUACCUACACAACUAUGGGAUCGUGCACCGAGACCUCAAGCCUGACAACCUCCUAAUAACGUCAAUGGGACACAUCAAGCUGACUGACUUUGGUCUGUCUAAGAUAGGUCUGAUGAGUCUCACCACCAACCUGUAUGAAGGCCACAUAGAGAAGGAUACGCGGGAGUUUUUGGAUAAACAGGUGUGUGGAACUCCAGAGUACAUCGCUCCAGAGGUGAUUCUCCGUCGGGGUUAUGGGAAGCCAGUGGACUGGUGGGCUAUGGGCAUCAUCCUGUAUGAGUUCCUGGUGGGUUGUGUGCCGUUCUUUGGAGACACUACAGAGGAGCUCUUUGGACAAGUCAUCACAGAUGACAUAGAGUGGCCGGAUGGCGAUGAGGCUCUUCCUAUGGAUGCUCAGCACUUGAUCUCCUCUCUGCUGCAGACAAAUCCUCUGGUGCGACUGGGGACAGGCGGUGCUUUUGAAGUCAAGCAGCACUCGUUCUUUGCAGAGGUGGACUGGAACAGCCUGCUGAGACAGAAAGCAGAGUUCAUCCCUCACCUUGAGUCAGAAGAAGACACCAGUUAUUUUGACACCCGGUCUGAACGAUACCAUCACGUGCAGUCGUACGACGAAGACGACACCAACGACGACGAACCAGUGGAAAUCCAUCGCUUCUCGUCCUGCUCCCCUCGCUUCAGCAAGGUGUACAGCAGUAUGGAGCAUCUGUCCCAGCUGGAGCACAAACCCUUCACUGUAACUCUACGGGAGCACAAGGUCCCCAGGGAGGACCGGCUCACCAAGAGAGAAAGCUUGGGAAGUGUCACCCUACGAGACAAGAGCUGGAGGACUAGUUCGCCAGAAAUGAAGCGCCUUUCCUGCUCAGAGUCCUUCUUCACUGAAAGUGACUCAAGCCCACCGUCCGGGGCCCGCAGGCGCUUCUCCGCCCUGAUGGACAUGAGCCGCUUUGCCUCUCCUCAGGAGGCGGACACUGAGCCGUCUGGUCUCGGCAGGCAGCCUCCUAUCAAGACGAGAGGUGCUUCCUUGGAAGGAGCUGUCCCCUCUCAUGGAGACCUGAGAACGUUCCUUAAAGAUGGUAAUGGCCACACUGCAGCAGACAAACUUUUGAGACCUGCUGAUGCAUCGUUGCCACUGCCAGGCAGUGCAUGCAGCCUGGGGCUUCCUGAUCCCCAGGGGCCGCGUGGGGCCACCACAGACCUGGUGUUGCGGAGGGUCCGUCACCAGCAGCUCUCGUCCGAAGGAGAUAAGCGUAACUCACGACCAGGAACUAAAGUCAUCAAAUCAGCUUCAGCUACUGCUCUUUCUGUCAUCAUUCCAGCAGUGGAGCAGCACGUUGCCUCCCCGCUGCCCAGCCCCAUGUCUCCACGCUCCCUCUCGUCCAACCCUUCCUCCCGCGACUCCUCUCCGAGCAGAGAUUUCUGCCCCAUGGUGAAUGUCCUGCACUCUCCGAUCACCAUCCACCGCUCCGGAAAGAAGUAUGGUUUCACCCUGCGAGCGAUCCGAGUCUACAUAGGAGACAGUGACGUUUACAGCCUGCAUCACAUGGUCUGGCAUGUUGAGGAUGCAGGUCCUGCUCAGGAGGCUGGACUCAAAGCUGGGGAUCUCAUCACUCACGUAAACGGGGAGUCUGUCCAUGGUCUUGUCCAUACAGAAGUAGUGGAGCUCAUCCUGAAGAGUGGAAACAAAGUUACAGUCACAACCACUCCCUUUGAGAACACCUCCAUAAAAGUGGGCCCCGCCCGCAAGUCCAGCUACAAAUCCAAAAUGGCGCGUCGCAGCAAAAGGACAGGAGUCAAGGAGGGGCAAGAGAAGAAACGCAGCUCUCUCUUCAGGAAAAUCACGAAGCAGUCCAACCUGCUCCACACCAGCCGGAGCCUCUCCUCUCUGAACCGUUCACUUUCCUCUGGAGACAGUCUGCCAGGAUCGCCCACCCACAGCUUAUCGGCCCGCUCCCCCACACAGAGUUACCGCUCAACCCUGGAAUCCCCUUAUCUGGGUACGUCAUCCCAGAGCAGCUCUCCAGCAUCAAGCACUCCCAACUCCCCAGCGACCUCCCACCACAUGAGGCCCAGUUCCCUGCAUGGCCUGUCCCCCAAACUUCACCGCCAGUACCGUUCUGCUCGCUGCAAGUCCGCUGGUAACAUCCCGCUCUCCCCUCUGGCUCACACCCCCUCCCCGACCACCUCUUCCCCUCCGCCUCUUACGGGCCACACGGUGGGAAGCUCCAACACCACCCAGAUGUUUCCCGCCAAGCUGCACUCCUCGCCUCCCGUCGCUCGGCCUCGUCCAAAAAGCGCCGAACCGCCAAGGUCCCCCCUGCUGCAACGCGUACAAUCUGAAGAAAAGCUAGGGGUGCCCAUCCUACCUUCCUCCUCCUCCUCGUCAUCAUCACCUUCCCCUUUGACGGGAGGGGUGUCGCUGCGCAAGCAUAGCUUGGAGGUGUCUCAUGGCGACUACAGGAGAGAGUCCUUCCACUGCGAACACAGUCUGCAAAGUCUGCUGGAGAUAGAAGGAGAGAAUGGACCCGCCCCACCUUCUCCGUCCUCGUCUUCCUCCCCUUCUCCUCCUAUGGGAGCAGAGAUCGGAGGCCUGAAUCACGUGAGGAGGCUGGGCAGGCAGGAGUCCCUGCUUACCAGAGACACACUUGUGACACCAAAGGAGAAAGAGACGGUACCAUCAGCGUCUGAGCUCUCUGGGUUGAAAAAUGUAAGCACAGCUCCUCCAGCAGAACUUAAGACCAGUGUUGAUACGGGCAAAGCGGCCGUCAGAGAGGUUGCGAGGAGUGACGGAAGUGCAAAUGCAGCAGAAAUAAAGUCUAGUACCUCAUCUGCAGAUAUCAAAACAGGUGCUGGGAUCAAAAGUUUCAGUGCAAAAGCUUCAACUUUGGAAGGCUUUCAGACCAAAGCCAGCGAGAAAAACUCAACUCCAGGCACCUCCAAACAGCAGAGUGCAUACAUAGACGGGGGACAUGCUACUAAAGCUCAGGAGAAAACAGAAGAAAAAGAAAAGGGCACUGGAGGUGUAGAGAAAGGAAACUUGCCGAAAAUACCAAUGGCUGAGCAGUGCAAGCAGCGUAAAGGCUCAGAGAGCGGAGAUAAAGGAGGCAUCAGUGGAAGCGUUAAGGCAACUGAAGCAACCAAGGCCAGAGCACCCGCACCCCCGGUUCCCACCUCGGCUCAAACGCACCCUGCGCCCAGGCACAGGGCAGAGAAGUCGGCGACCAGCAGCCGUGGGAGCAAAGAGGAGAAGACGCAGCUGGAAGUCCUGGAGGAAAACCCAACGUCUCCUUCCUCCAACGCAGCCUCGCCUUCCUCGAACAAGUCCCGGGCCAUGUCGCCGGGGGAGAAGAGCAGCUUCGUCACCCAGCUCACAAGUGUGGCAAAAACAGUGCUGGGACCCAUGAAGGGAGGGCUUCAAGAGGGCGGGAAGGUGAAAGACACCUCAAAGUCCAGUGAGGAGAAGAAGGGAAGCACAGCAGGGAAAGCGGAGGCGUCGUCCGCAGGGGUCCGCCGGGGGGCUCAGGGUUCCACCGCAGCCACCGCUCACGCCGAUAAAGGUAACAGUCGGAGCUCCAAACAUCACUCGUGAUUCGAAAGCUUCAGAAACCCUAAGACUGUCCCAUGUAAUGCCUUUAACUGUAGCAUCAGACUGACAUAUCAUGAAUUUGUUUGAGGCGAAGAUAAAAAUGGCUGAAAAAAAAACAAAAAGACGUAGAAAAGAUGUCAACCAUGAUCAGCUACUGUUGUGAAGUGUGCACAUGGUGUCUUGAUGUAGACCUGUGUAUGUACUGUAUGCUCAUCUCAACGUGUGUAUUGUAAAAAAAAUACUGCUACUAAUUUCUUCAUGCAUGUCUGAUUAUGAAGAAUGACAGACUAUUUAAAAAGAAGAUGAAAAAUAUACUGCAGACCUUGAGAUAGAAAACACUGUGAACCACCUUUCAACUUGACGAGCAGACUUUUGACUGUGUAGAAGUGGGAUUCUGUUAGAAAGGGGGCAUUACUCGCAUUUCAGCUCAGCAAGUUAUUUAGUUCCAUGCUGUAUCUAUUUGAAGUUCAGGUACUAAAACGUGUCACCAACGGAGCGAGUUUCACGCGUUACACAGAGAGGAUUACAGUGCCUUGCAAGAUACCCCUUGAACUUUUUCCCAGCCUUUGCCAGCUUUGCACACCUGAAGACUGACGUUUUUAGUCCAUUUUCCAUCCCCAAAUGGCUUUUAGUUCCAUCAAACUGGAUUUCAUGUCUUCCCACAAAUUCUCAAUGGGAUUUAGAUCUGUGCCAUGUGCUUUGAGCUAAAUCAUUCCGGAGGGACAUUGUCGAACCUCUGGCCCAGUCUUAAGUGUUUUUUCAGCAUCAAAUUGCUUUUCUUCUAGGGUUUUCCCUGUAAUCUAUCCAUCUUCUCAUCAACUCUGAUUAACUUUUCUUUCCCUGCUGAAAUAAAAUGUCCCCUUAGCAUGAUGCUCAACCCCCUAUUCACCCUGUUGGUGGCAGCAUUAUGCUGCUUGAAUGGUGUGUUCAGAGUGAUGUGCAGUUUCAGUUUAUCCCUGCGCCUCAUUUGGUCACAUCUCACCAGGGCACCUUCACCACAUAAUAAUAAUAAUAAUAAUAAUAAUAAUAAUAAUAAUAAUAAUAAUAAUAAUAAUAAUAAUAAUAAUAAUAAUA